CUCCACAGGAUGCCAGCUGCUAGCACCAUGACUGGUGGGAGGGCCCUGCUGCUCUGCACAAACUCUGAAAGCUCUAUCUACCAGUCCGUCAACGGGCUGCAGUGCUGUGGCGUGAAAGUUGGGGAGGCUCCAUCGUCUGUGGUGCCCCAGCCUCAAGUGGUGUGUGGGUCACCAGGGGACAGAGACGGGAGGGACACUGCUGUGACUGGGAAGCAUCCCCUCUCCUCUCUCCUCAGCCUGAGCGGCAGCCCGGGCCCUCAGGACACCAUGCUGGCUCACAGAAGACCCACAGCCAACAGUGACCCCCGGACGUCUAACAUGGAGAAUGGGCUGAACCACAACAAGAGCUCGACAGGAACCAGGACCACCAGUAUUCGUGAUAAGAUAUCUCAGUGGGAGGGCAAGAAAGAGCCCACUCCCGUGGCUCCCACCGUGACAUCCCCCCUCAGUGCGACACAGAAGGAGGUUGAGACGGUGGGAAAGAAGGAAUCCAAAACCUCCGAGGUCCAGAGGACAGACAGCAAGAGGUUUGUCAGCUGGGACAGACAAGACUCAGGGAAGGAGAAUGUUGGAAAGCUGACUGAUUCGAGGCCUAAAUCCCAAGAGGGCUCAACAAACAAAGAGAGAGAAGCAAUGCAAGAUAGGGGAAGUCAUGCUUCCAAGACAACUGAACAACCCCAAGAUAAGAAAACUGUUUUGACACACGUGAAGAAACUGGAGAGGGCGACAAAGGAAGUUCCUGACAGACCUUCAUUAGCAUUUCCAGGGAAUUAUUUCAGUCCUCCUUCAAAGGAGGAACUGGAAGAAACAGAGAAGAAGGCCAAUGAGCCCAUUUUUGGGACUUUUGACAUGGCUCGACCAAGUGGGUCAUGGCGGAGACGGGAGGGGAAUUCAGAGAAUGUGUACAGUGAGCCAGGCGCUCCAUCUAUUAACCCUCUACCUAAACCCCAAAGAACCUUCCAACAUCACACGCCACCCUCUACAACGGCCUCAGGGCCUGGACCUGGAAAGGGAAAGAGGAACUUGCCUCCGUUGCCCUCCAUUCCUCCUCCACCUUUACCAACGUGCCCUCCCCCAGGAGUGUGCAGACGGCCUUGGGCCGACAAAGCCCGUGACAGUAAUAACAGGAAGUCCUAUGAAUUUGAAGAUUUGCUACAGUCCUCCUCAGAGAGCUGCCGGGUGGACUGGUAUGCUCAAUCCAGACUGGGCCUUUCAUGCACUUUAUCGGAAGAAAAUGUCUACGAGGACAUAAUAGAUCCGCCAUCCAAGGAGAACCCGUAUGAAGACAUAGAGCUGGAGCGAAGUUGUUUGGGGAGCAAAUGUGUUUCACCUGCUUCUUCAUCCCCUGUCCCAGACACACCAACUAAGCUAUCCUGCAAGCCUCCUGGCUUCUUCAGGCAAAACUCAGAGCGACGCAGCUUCAAAGUUCCAGAACUCCGCAAAACCGGCAGAGACACUGGCAUCUCCUCUCCUUCUCGUAUCAGCCCCCCCUCAACACCCAGCAGCCCUGACGACACCCCCUGUCUCUCGGGGGACCCUUACAAUCGCAGGCGGAGGAAAAUCCCCAAGGUAUGGAAGCGGGAGAGGUCUGGUGCAAUGGUGCUGAAAAUCAAUGGGAUCUUCGAGGCGCGCCGAGGGAAGAAACGCAUGAAGAGGGUAUCUCAAUCGAACGAGUCCAGCUCAGGGAAAGUGACGGAUGAGAACAGUGAGUCAGAAAGUGACACCGAGGAGAAACUAAAAGCUCAUAGCCAGCGGCUUGUGUCAGUCCAGUCCAUGCUGAGGCAGGCGGAGCGCUACCGGACCUUGGAGCGGGACUUAAUGGAGUUACAAGAGAGGAAACUCUUCGAGUAUUUUAUAGUGGUUGCACUCCACAAGACUAAAGCUGGAGUUCCAUACCUGCCAGAAGUCACACAACAGUUUCCUUUAAAGCUUGAGAGGAGUUUUAAGUUCAUGCGAGAGACUGAGGACCAGCUAAAGGUUAUUCCUCAGUUCUGUUUCCCUGACGCCAAAGACUGGGCGCCAGUCGAAAACUUCCCGAGUGAGACAUUCUCAUUUGUUCUGACUGGGGAAGAUGGAAGCAGGCGGUUUGGCUACUGUCGCCGUUUAUUGCCCAGUGGUAAAGGCCGAAGGCUCCCGGAAGUCUAUUGUAUCGUUAGUCGCCUGGGGUGCUUUGACCUCUUCUCCAAGAUCUUGGAUGAAGUGGAAAAGAGGAGAGCUAUUUCUCCUGCUCUGGUGCAGCCUUUUAUGCGAGGCAUCAUGGAGGCUCCGUUCCCCGCUCCAGGCCGGACUAUCACUGUCAAAAACUUUUUACCAGGCUCUGGGACAGAGGUGAUUGAGCUGUGUCGACCAUCAGAUUCUCGUCUUGAACACGUGGACUUUGAGUGCCUCUUCUCUUCUUUGAAUCUCCGCCUCCUCCUUCGGGUUUUUGCCUCCCUGCUGCUGGAGCGCAGGGUCAUCUUCACUGCUGACAAACUCAGCACGCUGUCCCAGUGCUGUCAUGCGGUAGUGGCUCUGCUCUAUCCCUUCACCUGGCAGCACACCUACAUUCCCGUUCUGCCGCCAUCCAUGUUGGACAUAGUCUGCACUCCAACUCCCUUUAUAGUGGGCCUCCUUUCCAGCUCUCUACCUCGACUCAAAGAGCUGCCCAUAGAAGAAGUCCUGGUGGUUGACCUCGGGAACAGCCGCUUCCUUCGUCAGAUGGAUGAUGAAGACUCCAUUCUUCCUCACAAGUUGCAGGCAGCUCUGGAGCACGUGCUAGACAAAAGGAGGGAGCUGGCCUGCGAGAAAGGAGAUGUGCCCAAUGGUGAUUCUGCACUAUGUCUUGACUCCAGCUCACUCAGCACUGUGGUCUCUGAGGCCUUUGUGCGUUUCUUCGUGGAGAUGGUGGGUCACUACUCCCUCUUCUUGGGUGGAGUGGAGCGGGAGGACGAGUCAGUCUCCUCCCCCACCCUGGCCAGCCCUUCCUCUUCCUCGCCGUCAACCUUUCAGCGGGAGGCCUUUCGCAAAGCGGUCACCUCUAAGAGCUUGAGAAGGUUUUUGGAGGUAUUCAUGGAAACCCAGAUGUUCACGGGCUUCAUCCAGGAGAGGGAGCUACGCAGGCAGGGCCUGAGAGGUCUCUUUGAGGUGCGAGCACAAGAAUAUCUCGACUCACUUCCUGGGAGUGAGCAAAGAGGCGUCAACAAGUUCCUCAAGGGCCUCGGAAAUAAGAUGAAAUUCCUUUCCAAGAAAUGAGACACGGAGUUAAGCUGCCUUCAGAGAAAGAGAGAUAAAGGAGAUCCAUAUCCUGCACUUGGAGAGUGUACCGAUGGAGAAAGUGAACAAAUGAAGUCAGAACAAUUGAAGAGUCCUCAAAAUGACCCAGAUUCAUAGCUGGGAAACAUUGGGGUUUAUCUUGCAGCUUUUUUUUUUUGUUUCUUUUCGUGACGUUCCGUUGGUGUUGUGAAGACCAACACAAAAAAGCAGAAUCUGUUCUUAAGAUCUACAGUAAAUGUUUUACAUGUAACGCUCUGUCCUUACAGUGUAUCACUGUAUAGCACAUCACAGUGUAAAUGUUUUAGCAAUAGAGUUCUCAGUCAUUAACCUCACUUGUAAAACCUGUGCGGGGAGAAUACCACAGAUUUGAGGUGUUGUAAAAAACGUUCCUUUACAUUCCAAGUAUUUUUAAUGGUGUAAAUACAAUAGUACAACUUCUUUGUCAGGAGGAGGCUAUUAAGUUAAUUUAUAUUACUCUUUAGUCGAACUUAAUCUCUUUUUUCAAUUUCCUUCAAAUGAGUGCAAAAAAAUCUCUUGUAGUUGAUAAUACACUUUAUUUAACAGAGUUUAGUACAGAAGGUUGAUAGGCCACUUUGGGUUAUUGGGUGUAUGUACCACUGUUUUUACAUAAAUGAAGACAAAUAUGCACCGUAGUGAGAAGGAAGUCCAUGCGAAUAAUUUAAAGGAGGAUGUGGAGCUAGAACUAAAGAAUUGUGUGCAUGUAAGACCAAUCACUAUCAUUAUGAUUUACAGAAACAUCUAGGAUUCUCUUAAGAUGAACUGAAAAUGCAAUGAGACUUCAUAAAUAAAGUGAUUUUUAUUUAGAA